GUGACUUGUGAAUCUGUGAUGCAAUGACCACCGCCGACACUCCCUUGUUAUAUUUUAUUGCGGCGAAAAGUGUCAAACAUAUAACGGCAAGCUUUCAUGCUCAGUUUUAAUUCCAUCAACCUCGGAUAUCUAUUCCUUUUUUCCCUCACAUCUCCGGAAAGAAUGGGUUCUCUCCCGCUGAACUCUUCGUCGGAACACCUAGUUCCACCGUAUUCUCCACCUCUCGGAAUUGACGAGAGUACCCUCCUUUCUCUCUUCAAAUCCCAGCAGAACCAUCUGAACUUCUUCUUCGAGAACCUCUCGCUCCCCCAAACCGUUUCCUUCGCCCGCAUCCUCCUCUCAGCCUCCGGAACCAUCUUCUUUUCUGGCGUCGGCAAGUCUGGAUUCGUCGCCCAUAAGAUCUCCCAGACCCUCGUUUCCCUCGGCAUCCGCUCCGCCUUCCUCUCCCCCGUCGACGCCCUCCACGGUGACAUUGGGAUCCUCACACCGAGCGACGUCGUCGUCUUGUUCAGCAAAUCCGGGACCACCGACGAGCUCCUCCGCCUCGUGCCUUGCGUGCGGGCUAAGGGCUCGUAUCUUGUCUCGGUCACGUCCGUGGAGGGCAACGCGCUCGCCUCGGCCUGCGAUAUGAACGUGCAUUUGCCGGUGGAGAGGGAAUUGUGCCCGUUCGAUCUGGCGCCGGUGACUUCUACGGCCAUCCAGAUGGUAUUCGGUGACACGGUGGCGAUCGCGCUCAUGGGGGCCAGGAAUUUGACCAAGGAGGAGUACGCGGCGAAUCACCCCGCGGGUCGGAUUGGAAAGUCUCUCAUUUUCAAGGUGAAGGACGUUAUGAAGAAGCAGGAUGAGCUUCCAGUUUGCAGGGAAGAAGAUUUGAUAAUGGAUCAGCUAGUGGAGCUGACAAGUAAAGGAUGUGGGUGCCUGCUUGUUAUAGAUGAAUAUCAUCAUCUGAUUGGUACAUUUACUGAUGGUGAUCUGCGGCGCACACUCAAGGCUAGUGGAGAAGGCAUAUUUAAGCUCACAGUGGGAGAAAUGUGCAAUAGGAAACCAAGAACCAUCGGUCCAGAUGCAAUGGCAGUGGAGGCAAUGAAAAAGAUGGAAGCACCACCAUCCCCUGUGCAAUUUUUGCCUGUCACAGAUCAUCAAAAUAUAUUGAUUGGCAUUGUCACACUGCAUGGACUAGUUUCUGCUGGCCUUUGAUGUACUUGUAUGUUUUUUUAUGCCUUCUGAAUUUAAUUCCUGUGAUGAUUCUUUGUUCUGUUUAUUCUUUUCUCCUGUGGCGUACUACGUGCAUGGGGUUGAUCUGUAAUGCUACUAUUGUAUUGUGGAUAAGAGAAUAUGAUGGCAUUGUGCCCACAGCAACGUCACCCUCUAGUGUUUUUCCUAA